AUGCAUAUCUUACCUGAAAUCGCUGAAAAGUAUAAAGCCUUGGCCGAAAUUGCCAACGCCGUUAUCCAGAGCAAAGGCGAGGACAUCUGCUGGGACAAUACAAUCAACGAAAACUUAACAGUCAUUGGAGUGGAUACAAACAGAGUUGUCUGGGAAUUCAAAGUCCAAAGAUCCCACUGCAACUUGCUGGGUAGUUUGCACGGUGGUUGUGUGGCAACCAUCAUUGAUGUCUGCAGUUCUUUCUCUCUUCUGACAUUUGAUGGCAAGGAAAAAUGGAAGUAUGUCGGGGUCUCAACCGAUCUUGCGAUCAGUUACAUGCGUGGGAUUUCAGCAGGUGGUCUGGCCCGUAUAGAAUGCAACAUACAAAGAGUGGGCAAGAACAUGGCUAAUAUCCAUACAUCAAUAUACGACGAGAAAAACAACCUGUGCUACACUGGAUCCCACACAAAGUUCUGCAUCGAUUCUAAGAUGUAAAGCCACUGAGCUUGAGCUACAAUUGUGUGCAGGACACAUACAAGUUUAGCUGUAACUUGUAUACAUAUUAUAAGAAGCGACCUUAACAGCUAUAUCUUAUUUAAUUUAUAAGAAAAAUAUUUUAUAAAACAAUAGAAUAAAUACGACACGCUAUACAGAAGCAGGACUACUGUUAUUAAUACAAUAUCACAAGCUUCAAAACAUCAAAUUAUAUCGGAUUAUACAAUAAAAGCUUUAAUUAUAAUUAUCCGUAACAU